UUUCUUUUUGUUUUGUUUCAAUUAAAAAUAAAAUGGACAAAUCUGCAAAAAUCGCUUACGCCUCUGUUCUAUCUCUUCUCUCGCUCUCACUUCUUCUUCUCAUCAUCUUCCUCUUCUUAUUAUGCAGAAAGAAACCGAUCCGGUCCGACGAACCUCUGCUUCCAGAAACCAAAUCGGCCGGUCUUUCUUAUCCCUUAACCGAAUUAGAUUCAGCAACCGACGGAUUUAACCAGCGACGAAUCAUCGGUAGUGGUCGGUUAGGAACGGUUUACGCGGCGGUUCUUCCAUCGCAUAAAAACCUCGUCGCGGUCAAAAGAAUACAUCCCAGUUUGGUUUUGAGUAAACCGGGUUCCGGUUUUUCCACGGUUCUUAAAACGCUUUCUUCUUCUCAGCAUCCCAACGUCGUCUCGAUUCUAGGGUUUUCAGAAGCUCCCGGAGAGAGAAUCGUGGUGACUGAAUUCGUCGGAGAAGCGAGGAGUUUGAGCGAUCACUUAUACGGAGAUUCCGAUGUCGAAUCGGCGGUUUCCGCGGUUGAUUUUGAUUGGCGAAAGCGUUUCAGAGUCGCGGCGGGAGCGGCGAGAGGUUUGGAGUAUUUGCACGAAGUUAUAAACCCUAGAAUCGUCCAUGGUCGAUUCACGUCUUCGAAUGUAUUGGUAGAUGAGAAAUUCAUGGCGAAGGUUUCCGAUUACGGAUUCGGGUUUUUGAUUCCGCGUGAGAAAUCGGAGAUUUCUGGGUACGUUGAAGAAGGGUAUUGCAAAGAGAGCGAUGUGUAUGGAUUCGGCGUCGUUUUGCUGGAGAUUCUGAGUGGGAGAAGAAGCGAGAACGGAUUGAUCGUGAAAUGGGCAACGCCAUUGAUCAAAGAACAGAGAUUCGGCGAGCUUUUAGAUCCGAGGAUAGUUGUUCAGAGUGAGACCAAGUGUUUGGUUAUAAGAUUUGCUAAGGUUGCUUUGGCUUGCGUUGGAAACUCGCGGAGGAGCCGGCCGUCGAUUUCUCAGGUGGCGGCGAUUUUGAACAGUUUGGAGAGGGAAGAAGGAGGAUGAUUUGAACAUUUUUAAAAGUUUUGGGGGCAUUUAGGGAGAAAAUUGGGAGUUUAAGGGGUAGAGUAGUUAUUAAUGGAACAGUUUCGUAAAUGUUAUUUUACGCCGUGUACAAAUUAUAUAAUUUUGGCGUGUAAAUUCGGUUUUAUUAUUCAAUUAAUAAUGUUCAUUGAUGCUUUUAAACGCAU